GUAGCGCACGCACCAGAGCACCAUCAGCACCUCCACCGUCGAGAGCUGCGACCGGCGACUGUUCUCUUUGGAGCUGCGCAGCAGCGGCGGUGCCUUCGACGAUCGCCCGGGUGCGAGUUUCGGAUAGCAGAACAUUUCGAGGGGAGGUCGUACACGGGGACAUGCUUAAUCGAUGCUGUUCCCAGCUCGGGCUGCGCGUAAUGAAAAGCACUUUGCUUGAUCGACGAGCGAAGUUCUGCAAGCUGAAAACCAGUCGCCCUGUCAUGAUGCCAUCCAUGUCCGUGGUCGCCGACUGCAGAGCCGACGUUGUGUGCGAAUAAUACAUUGUCAUUGUCAUUUUCGCUAUCAGGUGAUUGAUCUGAUUGAUCGGAAUGCUUCUGACUCUGACAGCUGUGGGAUUGAUAUAGAUUUCAAAACUGGUACCUUGACCGGAUCUGCCACUUUAGAGUACCCGGGUUUCGAAGUGUAUGCUGCCUCUCGUUUUUUCCACAAUUGAAAGAUGAGAAUGAAGUGGUUAGAAAGACGAAUCGUUCCGUGUUUGUGCUUAUUAGUCCGUGCCGAAUCAUUCCGAGAUGCAAUCUUUCUCAGCGUUCUAGGAUGAUACCCCGAGGCAACAUAAUACGAGUUCAAAGUCAGCGCUAGGUUGUAGUGAGGGUCCAUUUUGUGACGUUGAUGCAGAUUCUCUUCGUUUCAGCUCAUCUGCAUUGAGGGUAUGAAGAGAACGUGUCUGGAAAGACGAACAUAUUCAUGGCUGAAGGCCAUGCCUUAGCUCUCAGAGUGGUGGCAAGUAGACCUUAGGAAGUUCAGAUGAAGCUGGCGGAAGACGUCUUCGGAUACGGGAGGUCGUCAUUUGCGUCUUAAUGAUCAGAAAUGCUUUGAGCUUUUUACUUGUGGAUGUGCAAUGCUGGUACAGAUAUCAAGGAUUUAGUCAACGCUGGGAAUUUCGUAAUUCAGAGGAAAAAGGCCGCAUUUUUUUUUUCUUCUGCUAGGCAAAGACAUCGGUCAGCUCAGAGUUUUAGUGUUGAGUCAGCAGCGCUUUGAAAGCAACAGUUUUCAGCGUCCCGAAUCCAUUGCAAGAGCCUGCAUACUCUCCGUGGCGAGCAGCUUCCACAACCUGCAACCGCUGAAAGUAGACUUAAAGACUUCGAAAGGUCAGAAAAUCGGACAUUGACCUUGGGCCAAGUGGGAUUCAUUAUUCGACACCAAAGCAUCAGCCACGAUCCCAGUUAAAUCUUUCGUCGAUGAAGCACACCAUCAAAUAGUAUCUCAUAUUAUGCUCGUCACUUUUCCCAAAAAGGAGUCAGGUGUCCUACUAAUCAGUGACUUGAGAUGGUACCUUCAACGACGUCAUCAUAUUCAAGUGGAUCAGUCACACCUUGAGACUAGCAGGGAUGAAAUGUAGAAAUCCUACGUGAAGAAAGUCGUUCUGAAAGAACGACUUUAAGUAAGUCAGUAAGGACAUCGUAAGUCAGAAAUACAAAAUUUAGGUAGAUGCGCCUGCGAAUAUCUGAUAUUGGUAGAAUUUGGUGAGAUUAGCUUAUGAAAAUAAAUGCUGCAACAAACACAUUUUCUUGCUCACUGACACAUCUAUCAGUUUAAAAAAAUAUGAGAUAUAAGAUACUUAAUUAUAAAUAAUUUGAAAUACAAGAUUUUCUCACU